CUAAGCCCCAGCUGGGCAGUUUGUGAGCUUGUGGGCCAGUGCGGAACUGGGUGAGGGUCUGAGGCGUCUGGACUUCGCGGGUGCGGCCGCCCUGCCGAUACGGGGGCGCCGAGAGCCAUCAUGGAGAGCAGGUGCUACGGCUGUGCUGCCAAGUUCACCCUCUUCAAGAAGGAGUACGGCUGUAAGAAUUGUGGCCGGGCCUUCUGUAACAGCUGUCUUAGCUUCAGUGCUCUGGUACCUCGGGCUGGCAACACUCAACAGAAAGUUUGUAAGCAGUGCCACACGGUCCUGACCAGAGGGUCUUCUGACCAUGCCUCUAAAUGGUCACCACCUCAAAACUGUAAGAAGCUUGUGGCAGCCUUGGAAGCCAAGCAAAAGCCCAGCACCUCCCAGAGCCGGGGACUGACCCAACAAGACCAAGUCAUUGCUGAGCGCUUAGCACGACUCCGCCAGGAGAACAAGCCUAAAUCAGUGCCCUCACAAGCAGAAAUAGAGGCACGACUGGCUGCACUAAAGAAUGAACUCCAGGGCUCCAUCCCGUCCACACAGGAGAUGGAGAAUCGGCUUGCAGCACUGCAGGGAAGAGUCCCACCUUCUCACAUGAAACCAGCAUACCAGGCACCAGACACCAGGACCCAAGCUCAGCAGACACAGGAUCUGCUAACACAGCUGGCAGCUGAGGUGGCUAUUGAUGAAAGCUGGGAACAAAGAGGCCCAGAUGCCUCCCUCCAGAAUGACCUCAACCAGGGUCGUGCAAGGACCCAGCACACUAAUUCCCAGGGGCAGGCCAGCCAGUCCCUGCAGGAGGAGAAGAGCAGGUUACUGGCUGAGGCAGCAGUUGAACUACGGGAGGAGAACACCAGGCAGGAGCGGAUCCUGGACCUCGCCAAGCGAUUGGCUGUACUGCAGGGACAGGACCCCAACAAAGUGAUCCUCCAGGCUUAUCACCUCCCAGACAGUGAUAAGGAUGAGGAUGAAGAGAAAGCCAUCCAGAGAGUCAUGCAGCAGCUCACUAAAGAAGCUGCCCUGGAUGAGGCAAGUGGCUUUAACAUCCCUGUGGUUCCAGCUCCCCGACCCCAGGUCCAACCCUGCAGGACAGAGACUAAGGCCCAGUCUCUGACUCCCACGCCUGAGCCUGAGGAAGAAGAACUCCCCUGGUGCUGUAUCUGCAAUGAAGAUGCCACCCUACGCUGUGUUGGCUGCGAUGGAGACCUCUACUGUGGCCGGUGUUUCCGGGAGGGCCAUGAUAACUUUGAUCUUAAAGAACACCAGACAACUGCCUACCGCCCCCGACAAGCUGACCAAGAACACUGAGGAAACCUUGAACCUUCUGAGGUGGCAGUACUACAGGCAGCCUGCAGGCCAAGGCAGCCACUCAGACCCAGUUUCAGGCGAUCCAGUGGAAUAGCAGAUCCAGCUCUGAUGGUAUACACACUCCUCCUUGAGCCUCAGUGUCCUGGAAGGAGGAAAGAUUCCACUGACGAUGAUGACUCUUAUAGAGGAGCCAAAGAGAAAGAGGAGUAAGGGCCCUUCUCUGAGAGUCCCAGACUAAAACUGAGAGGCAUGAUGAGAAAGACCAAGCUGAACUGGAGCUGUGGAGCUUGGCCCCAGGUCCCAGGGCCCUGAGUUGGAAUGCAAUGGAGCUAAUAAAAUAUGUUGUUGA